GAUAACCACUAUUUUGAUAAAAAGGCCAAUUUAACAAACAAUGUUGUAGUUUCAAACACUAAACUCAGAUUUCCUAAAUUCAAUAUCGUCUAAAAACAAUGAGCGUUUUAUUUGCAUUUGGUAGUGUUCUGUUAUGCAUAGUGAUACUGAAAUGGUUAUGGAAAUUACUAAAUGGGUUAUGGUUAAAUCCCAAAAGGCUAGAGAAAUGUCUAAAGCAACAAGGGCUUGUUGGUAAUUCCUACAAAUUUUUGAUCGGAGAUAUGAAAGAAAGCUCUACUUUGCGUGCUCAAGCUUUGAACAAACCCAUUCCUUUUACUCAUGAUUACUACCAACGUAUUCAGCCUUUCACCCAUCAGAUUCUCAACAAUUCUUGUGCAGGUGCAGGUAAAAAUAUCUACACAUGGUUGGGACCAGUGCCAACAAUACUAAUUACACAGCCUGAGUUAAUAAAGGAUGCUUUCAAUAGGAUGAACAAUUUCCAAAAACCAAGAUUGAAUCCAUAUACUCAAAUACUUUCAACUGGACUUCCGAACUAUGAGGGCCAGAAAUGGGCUAAACACAGGAAGCUUCUCAACCCUGCUUUUCAACUUGAUAAGCUCAAGCUUAUGAUCCCUGCUUUUGAAACCUGCGUUACUGAUACACUAAAUAAGUGGGAGAAGCUAGUUUCUAAAACAGGUUCUUCAGAGGUUGAUGUGUGGCCACAUUUCACAACUCUAACGGGAGAUGGUAUUGCUAGAGCUGCAUUUGGAAGUAGCUUUGAGGAUGGAAGAAGGAUAUUCGACCUUCUUAAAGAGCAAAAGGAUCUUGUUAUUAGUCUUCUCAAAUAUUCUUAUAUUCCAGGAUUCAAAUAUUUGCCCACAAAAGGUAACAAGAUGAUGAAAGAAACGGAAAACGAAAUCAAACCUUUAUUGACGAAUUUGAUUCACAAAAGGAAGAAGGCAAUGGAGGCUGGAGAAGCUCCCAAAGACGACUUGUUGGGAAUGCUACUUGAAUCCAAUGCAAACGAGGCUCGACAAGUUAACGAAAAUGAAAGUGGAAGUAGGAAGCGACAAUCCGAUAUAACAAUGAGCUUCCAUGAGAUGAUUGACGCGUGCAAGUUGUUCUUCUUGGCUGGCCAAGAGACUACUUCUGUGGCGCUAACAUGGGCAAUGAUUUUGUUGGCGAAGCACCAAGAUUACCAAACACGAGCACGAGAAGAAGUACUUGCUACAUUUGGAACGAAAACUCCUGACUUUGAUGGUGUACAUAAUCGCCUUAAGAUUGUGACAACUAUAGUCCACGAGGUGCUAAGAUUGUAUCCGCCAAUCCCUGCAACAUCACGAAGGGCACAUGAACGCGAAACAAAACUAGGAGAUUUGGUAAUACCACAAGGGGUAGGAGUUUCAUUUUCCAUACUACAUGCUCACUUGAACCCUGAAAUUUGGGGUGAUGAUGCCAAAGAAUUCAAGCCUGAAAGAUUUUCAGAAGGGAUUGCAAAGGCAACCAAAGGAAAUAACUCUUACUUCCCCUUUGGUUGGGGACCUAGGAUUUGCAUUGGUCAAGCCUUCGCACUAAUCCAGGUUAAAAUGGCAUUGUCUAUGAUUUUACAACGUUUCUCUUUCGAGCUUUCACCGUCCUACAUCCAUGCUCCAACUAGUCUAUUAGCCCUUCAACCCCAGCAUGGUGCUCAUGUUAUCUUACAUCGACUUUAAGCUUAAUUUGUAUGCAAAUAUUUAUCUUAUUAACACAACAAGCUGUAUGUUUUAGAGGAUGAAAUAAGGUCGCUUGAAAGCAUUUUGUUGUCUUUAAAUUUCGGUAUGCCAAGGACGUUUUGUAGCGGUGGAAGAUGUUGGAGAAUUGACCAUUUGACCAUUAUAGAAAUACAAAUUUAUUGUGUACUACAAAAUUAGAAUAAGAAAAACUAGUAUGUGCCCGUGCCAAUGCACGUUAUACCUAUAAAAGUUUAAUAGUUAUGUUAAGUUAUUAAGAUAAUUACAAUACGCACAACUUGAAA